AUGCUAGCUGUGACGAGUGGGUCGUCCACCAAUCGGAGGGGCAGCGGUUCGAUCCCGCCUUCCCCCCGGCCCACAUGUCGAAGUGUCCUUGGUGACCUAUCAGAUUGUGGUUUGUCCUGGCCAGGCUCAGACAGUGACCUCCAUGUGAAGAAGGUCUCUGCCCCUCCUCACGUCCAUCGUCUUGUUCCUGUGGGUCAAACGCUGGCUGCUGCCCCUGAGGCCAAAGAUGACCAGCAGCCACCCAGGUCAGCCCAGACCCUCCACCUCCGGAACAAGUCUUUUGAGCCUGUGAGUCAAGGAGAUGAUACAGAGGAGGAGCACCAUACUUCCCAAUAUAAACUGGACCUGAAGACUGGAAUCGAUGGGAAUGAUUGGGAGAGCCUGAAGAGACAAACGUACCUGUGGAGGACGCACACUCAGCCUGUUAAUUCUGAGUGUGAGAGGCCUUCAUCUUCAGUGGACAAUGCAGACCAUGUACCAUACAGCCUCCACCCAAUCUCCAUACCAAGCUCACACUACCAGUCCAAGAACUCUUCAACCACAGGUCCUGCUAAAUGUAAAAAUAUGGACUAUAUAAAUGGGAUAUGGCAAAACUAUUGUCAGUCCCUGGCAUCUACAUCCAAGGACGGCCCUCAUACAAGUGAUGACUUGGGUGAGUGGGUUUUGAUUUCCAAUCUGCUUUCGCCAAAACCCUGGACAACACAUAAUUGUCUAUACCCUAGUGCAAAGUCAUACAUUAUUAUCAAUAUUUAUAUUAUUUAUAGCUCCUUUUGCUAGUGUGUCCAAAUCAGUUCUCCCAGCCCUAGUCAACAAACUGUCAAAAGUAACAAUUUGAAUGUUUUCCCCAGGCCAUAAAUGCAGAUACCAAAAGUGAUAUAGAGCUGCAUUGUAAAGGAACCAUUCAUCCCCCAAGCUCUCAGCAAAGCUCCCAGGCAUCAAGUACUGUUAAACUAACCAGGUCAUUUGCAAAUCUCCCACUUAUUAGACACACAAUUUUAAGCCUAAAUGCAGGAUUAAAUCACUCC